AUGGCACCGCGCUUCGAACAUAAAAGUGCUCGGGAUGGUAUUUGUAAUGUGUAUGGACUAGCAACAUGGAAACGAAUUGUUGAAGAACUGAAUUUCGAGCAUGAAUCGUUUUCGACGUUGGGACGUUAUGAAGAAAAUCUCAUUGAAAAAAUUGCCGAAUGUUUGACCGAAGUCUUACGUGAAGGUUCACCCGAAACUUAUAUGCAGUUUUUCGGGGAAUGCUUUGUCAAAUUUUUUACAACAUAUGGUUACGAUAAAAUAUUACGUGUGGCUGGACGACACUUUCGUGAUUUUCUCCAUUCCAUUGAUCAAUUACACGACAGUAAUCGAUUUAGUUUUCCAAAAAUGAAAUCACCGCUCUUUCAUGUAACCGAUGAAGAUGAAAAUGGAGCAGUAUUGCAUUAUAAAUCAAAACGUCGUGGAUUUCAACGUUAUGUUAUUGGUCAGCUUAAAGAAUGUGCUACGCGGUUUUAUAAUGAAGAGAUAUCAGUUCGAAUUCAAGAUGAUAUAUCGACAAAUGAGUACAGUCAUAUUAUAUUUCGGGUUGAAUUUAACAACAGCAGUGCGAGAGAAUCAUCAAAACGUUUACAAAAUGUACCAACGCUUCCUGAUGUGACCAGUUCAACAUUUUUUAAGGUUUUUCCAUUUUGUAUUCUGAUUGAUCCAUCAAUGCGUAUUUACCAUCUUGGUAAAAGUAUAAAGAAUUUGUUCUCAUCCAAUACACUUUUAAGUGGAAGAUAUUUGGAAGAUGUAUUUCGAUUGGUUAGACCAGAUAUUUUACUCGGAUGGAGUAAGGGGCAAAUGAAAUUAAUUGCACACUGGAAUAUGGUUGCAUUCUUGUGUCAUCCAGUAUUGUCCACAACGGAAGAAAUGUUAUCACUCGGAUUAUAUUUACAUGAUUUAAAUUUUUAUGAUGGAACAAGUGAAAUAUUAAUAGCUGGAAUGCAACAUGCAAGAACGUUACAAGUGGCCAUAGAUAAGGUAACGAAACUGAAGGAUAGAAUACCAUUUGAACAUGAUUAA